AUUGCUCUGAAAACAGCAAGACUAGAAAAAUCAUCUACCCUCGUCAAAGAAAACAGAAUUCUCGAGUAUUUUCGCAACUGCUCCGAAAUCGUCCACUCCUAUGGCGCCGAGUCCACCGUCGAAGACGGGCACGAAUUCUACAAUCUUCUCCUCGAAUACGCGCCCGCCGGAACCCUAUUCGACUUGAUGCAAAGAUCCGGCGGUUGUGUACCGGAUGAAAUCGACGUGAGAUUAUACACUUGGAUGGUAUUGAAUGGCCUUAGCCGUAUCCAUGCAAAAGGCGUUGUGCAUUGCGAUAUAAAGCCCGACAACAUUCUUGUCUUUCCUACUGAACAUGAUGGAAUAUAUCAGCUCAAGAUUUCUGAUUUUGGAUUGGCGAAAGAGUUAUCGGAGGCGGCCACUGAUGAAGACGAAAACCUAGGAACGACGGCGUACAUGUCGCCGGAGGCUGUGGCGCCGCGUGGAGAGAUUGUGACUGCGUUGGAUAUAUGGUCUUUGGGAUGCGUUGUGGUGGAGAUGAUAACUGGACGCGACGCGUGGCCGUGUUUGGCCUCCGUCACUAUAGUUCAUUUGAUGGUUACGAGGGAGAAGACGCCGAAGAUACCGGAGAAUAUGCCGGAAACGGGGAAGGAUUUCUUGAGCAAGUGCUUCGAAAGGGAUCCUCGGAAAAGGUGGUCGGCUCAGAUGUUGUUGGAUCAUCCUUAUGUGAGUGGUGGUUGA